ACACGCAACGGCGUAGUUGUCGAGGUUUCCUCCACCGGGAGCGCCGGCUCCACAUGGGGUACCCCACUAUACCCACACGAAUUACGGUAGAGUCCGCAUGAGCUGGAGGGGUUUCACAGCACCGACCACCGAUUUAACCGGAGAACAAUCACAUGGCAAAGUAGUAUACAAGAGCGGGAUCCUUGGAGUGCGGGUCCCGAAGCAUUUUCUACGACCUUGAUCAUUGAAGCAUUGCAACUUUUGUCUCCAUCAAAGUCACACUUUCUGUUUGCAAACAUACACAAUGACGUCUCUACAAUCCGACUUUGGCAGCCACUUUGGCAUCGAGAACAUACCUUUUGGAAUCGCUUCUUCAGACAAACAUAAUCACCCACAAGCAGUUACUCGAAUUGAGAACAAUGUCGUCUUCCUUGCGGACAUUGUGCAAUCUGCCUCCGAUUUGCAGAGCUUGCCUGGUGGUAUCUUCUCGCAACCUACAUUGAACACAUUCGCGGCUUUGGGAAGACCCGCUCAUAGACUCGUUCGUUCUGCUGUCCAGAAGCUCGUCAAGGAAAACAAAUUGCCUGAGAACAGCACCGAAGACAUCACAAAUUGCCAGAUGCAUCUUCCCGUAUCAGUCGCGGACUUCACAGAUUUCUCAUGCUCUGAGUACCACAACCUCAAUGCCGGUCUUGCAGCUAUGGGUAGAAAAGGACUCCCUCCAUCAUGGGGAUUCAUCCCUCCAGGCUAUGCUGGCAGGUGUUCAAGCAUCAAGAUUUCUGGAACUCCUGUAAGACGCCCCAUCGGCCAAUUCUGGGAAGACAACAUGGCAGCGAUGAGAGGCGAAAACAAGAAGAUCAUCUAUGGUCCUAGUCGCCGGAUGGACUACGAGAUGGAAUUGUCUGCUGUUAUUGGCAAGCCUCUUCCUUACGGCCAGACUGUCACAGCGGAGAACGCUGGCGAGCAUAUUUUUGGUUUUGUGAUGUUGAACGACUGGAGUGCCCGUGACAUACAAAUAUUGGAGAUGAUCCCGCUCGGCCCCUUGAAUUCGAAGAACUCCGGCACCACACUAUCGCCCUGGAUCAUCACGUACGACGCUUUGGAGCCGUUCCGUGUCAACGGACCAGGCUGGAAGCAUACUUUGCCGCCCCACCUUGCUGUGGAGAAAGACGAUCGAGGCUUGUCCAUUGACCUCUCUGUGUAUGUUCAAUCGACGGAUAACGAUGUAACUCGUGCUUGCGUUGCAAACAGCAAAGUCCUGGCGUGGUCCUUUGAACAGCUGUUAGCACAUCAAGCAAGUGCAGGCUGCGGCUUCCAAGCCGGAGAUCUACUUGCAUGUGGCACUGUAUCAGAAGAUUCAGAUGAUGCGCGUGGAUGCAUGCUCGAACACAAUCUCCCUCCACCAGCAAUUCAGCGUGGCUAUCUUGCGGAUGGUGUUGUUGUACAGUUCACCGGACGAUGCAGUGAAGACGUUGGCUUUGGUGAUUGUCGAGCAGAGUUACUGCCAGCCAUAUCUACUGAGACAUGGACUAGCGAGUAAACCCGAUCAUAAAGCGUCCGA